AUGUGGACCCAAAAGCUAAAUUUUCUAUUGGGUAAAAGUAAACUUUGGUUGCGCCAUAGGCGAAGACUUUCUGUGCUGUGCAUUCGACCGAUUAUGGCAUACGCAUCUGUUGCCUGGGCCUACAACUUAUCGGCAGAGAAUUACGAAGAACCCCAACCGCUGGUGAGUGAUUCAUCGACUAAAUUUAACAAUACGUUUGUAAACUCUGGAAGGUGUAAGCAGCAGUUUAUGCAAGGACUUCAACUACUUAAAAAAAAAUUUAUAAAUGAAGGUUUAAGGAUAUUAACUGAGCUGGCAGAGGCUAAAAACUAUAUUCCCGCCUCGGAAUUUCUUGCUCAAGAAUAUUUAUUUGGAACUAUAUUAGAGCAAAAUAUAUCUAAAGCAAUUUUCUUGCUUUCUAGUUUGGCUACUAAAGGAAGCUGUCGCGCUCAAUUGUUACUCGGCUUCUGCUAUUCCAACGGAAUUGGCGUUCGAGUGGACAUUGAGAAAGCUAUUAUAUAUUACCACUUGGCGGCUUUGGCUGGUGAUAUUUACGCUACCAUGAUAAUGGGUUACCGCUAUAAAUUUGGACUCAAUGUUGAAGAAAAUUGUGAACUGUCGUUAAAAUUUUAUCGGCGCGUGGCUGAUAAAGUGGCUUUAGAUAUAAAAGAAAAGACGAUUAAGUUAUAUGAGCAAGUUCGUAUAGCUGAUAAAAUGGAAAAAAUAAAACUUGGAGAGAGCCACGACGAUGAAAUUAUUCAAUACUAUCUUUAUCAAGCCGAUUUGGGUGAUGUCUCUUCCCAAGUCAUUAUAGGACGGUUGUUUUACUAUGGAAGUCACGGAGUUGACGUAAACUAUGAAAAAGCUUUCGAGUAUUUUCAAAAAGCCGCUCAGCUUGGGAAUACACAGGCUAAAGCUUUCCUUGGAGAAAUGUAUCUUUGGGGUCAUGGUGUUUUACAGGAUAACAAAACGGCACUGAAGUUUUUUGAAGAAAGUGUGAUGGAAAAUGAUCCCACUGGCCUAAACAAUUUGGGACUUAUGUACUUACAUGGCAUAGAGGUGAAACAAGACCUUAAUCGAGCUUAUGAGCUAUUUACCUCCUCAGAGAAACAGGGGCAUCCCCAAGCUCAACUUAAUCUUGGCCUUAUGCAUUACAACGGGUUCGGUACUUCUAAAAAUAUUCCUAGAGCUUUAAACUUGCUACAAAAGUCCGCGCUAUCUGGAAAUAUUCUUGCCCAAUAUAACAUUGCCGCAAUACUUCAAGAGGAGAAAGUGCCUUUUUCUUGUCAGUUAACCAGUGUCUAUUAUAAAAGUGUAUGCGAAAAGGGUACCUGGUCUAGGCUUUUCGAAGAAGCUUUAAAAGCUUACGAAAGAAAAGAGUAUCUGCUGGCUAUGACAAGGUACCUUUUCUUAGCCGAGCUGGGAUAUGAAGUUGCUCAGCAUAACGUAGCUCACAUUUUAGAUUCGGGUAUUACAACAUUUCUCGCUCCUUAUAUUGAAAGUAAAUACGCGCUUACGUCUUGGUUUCGCCUGGCCAUUCAAGAAAACCCAAUUGCCCAUCUUAAAAUAGGUGAUUACUUUUACUAUGGAAAAGGUGUUCCUGUCAACUAUAAGAAGGCAGCUUUUUAUUAUCAACUCGCUGCCUCCAACAAUGCUCAAGCUAUGUUCAACAUUGGGUAUAUGUAUGAGCACGGAAUAGGGCGGCCUUUAGACUAUCAUCUCGCUAAGCGCUACUAUGACAUGGUACUGGAGAUAGAGCCAAAGGCUUACGCGGUUAUAUUUAUACCACGAAUUAUAUUACAAAUAAAACUUUACUUUUCAGAGCAAGUAUUUAAAAAAUAUGGGUUUCAACGUAAACAGAAACAAGAAAACUACGAAAAACCUAAAUUAGUUGGUGGAAUGGUAGACGAGAAAAAACUGAAUGAUUUGCUUGGUUAUGUAUUUAACGCAGCGGUGGGAUUAGAUGUAGACGUGGACUACAUCUGGAUCACACUACUAGUGCUAUCCUUAACUUUACUGAUCCGUGUACGACAAAUUUUAUUUCGUUAA